GGCAGCGCCACGGGGCAGAGGCGGUGCUGGUUGGGACGGUGAUAACGGCGAUAUCGGAACCAGACGGGGCCGCUGCGUCAGUGCCGCACUUCUCACUGCCGGUCCGACGGCUCGGACUGACGGGAGGCUGCAGCGUCCGUGCCUGGAGGAGCGCAAAGAAAGGCACAACCACGGCCACUCGACGCAUCCCUGUGCUGCCUGGGGACGGCAGAGGCUCCACAAUGCGGCUGCUGCUGGUCGGGAAGACUGGAGGGGGGCGAAGCGCCACGGGGAACACCAUCCUGGGGCGGCGCGUCUUCGAGUCCAAGCUGUCCACCACGCCAGUGACCCGCAGCUGCCAGUCAGCGAUUGGGCACUGGGAUGGAGAAGAAAUCGAGGUGGUCGACACGGCCGACAUCUUCCAUUCGUGGAAUGGCAGCAAUGAGGAGUGCAGGGAAAUCACCCGCUGCAUCGAGCUGUCCUCGCCCGGCCCCCACGUGCUGCUGUUGGUCACCCAGCUGGGCCGCUUCACCCAGGAGGACCAGGAGGCCGUGCAGGGCGUGCAGGACAUCUUUGGAGUCGGUGUGUUCAGGCACAUGGUUGUUGUGUUCACGCGGGGAGAGGAGCUGGUGGGGGGAUCGCUGCGUAACUACGUGACCUACACUGACAACGCGGCUCUGCGCAGGCUGAUCCAGAGCUGCCAGAAUCGGUAUUGCGGCAUCAACAACCGGGCUUCCGGGCCAGAGCGGGACCAGCAGGUCCAGCAGCUGAUGAAUAUGAUCCGCCAAACCAUGCGGGAGAAUGAGGGAAGGUGCUACAGCAAUGAGUUGUACCUGAAUCCCUUUUUAACAGAAGAGAAAGUGAGGUAUCACAUGGAGAAUGCAGCCAAACCAUGGGGCAGGCUGCUCGACUUGUCAUACAGGGGAGUCCUUUUAAAAUGUGGGAUAGUUCUCAUUGUCAUCGCCUUGAUUGUCAUCUGUGUCCUUAUUUGGUGGAAGAGGCAAUCGGAUGAACCCCACAAUGCACAGUCCCCCAGUAUCAGAAUCCCAGAACCCUGAAGCACUUGGGGCCGCAGGCACCGCUCCAUCCCCACCCACCGCCAUCCCCCAGCACCCGCUGCCCAGGGCUGCGUCCCUUUGGCUGUUGCACCCCUGCAGGGACAGAGAGCCCACCGUCGUCGAGGGGCUGCAGAGCCAUGAACUGUCAACAAGAAGUGAAGGCGAAGUGUCCUGUAAGUGUCCCUUGUGUUCCCUGUGGGUUAAUUACACACUAAAACCAACACCCGUCUCUGCGGAAAGGUGAUCAGAAUGAGCCAGCUAUCCCCUCCCAAAUGCAGUCUUGGAACCCCUUGUAUGCCUGCCCAAAGAUGUAUCAGAAUACCCAAUUAGAGACUGUAGAGAGAUGUAAUUUUGUAAACUGUCAUGUAAGGAUAACUGCACUUCUGUUUGGGGCUGUGCUUGCUUUGGGAAGGAUCACCAGACACCUGAUUGUGACAGAAAUAAAACAGAGACCUCUGUCUGCA